GGAAAAAGAAGUGUAUUCGUCUUGUUAUAAUAUUACAAAAUUGAAAAGAAAAAAAGAAAAGUGUUAAAGCAUAUGCCCUUAUACGUGUGCAUGUUCCCCACAAAAGAGAGAUGUAGAUAGGUCGGUGGAUCAAUCUAUACAAGUAAACGUUACAACCUUUUUAUCCCUUAUUUUUAUUAAAUUACAUAAUUAACCUCACCUCCCAAAUCCCAAAACUUAAAUAUUCAUUUAUUAUUAAUUUGAUCAAUUAAAAAUCCUAAAUUACGAUUUAAUGCUUGUCUGUCCCAUCAAUCUCUACCGUCCAUGCCGGCCACUAUAUGAAAAAGAAAGAAAAAGGACGAAGAUCCUAAAGACAUAUCACAUCUAAGUACACGUGGAAGCUUAACAAAUGGACCACACUGGAUGGUUCUUUGGUCUGGUUUGUAGGAGAUUUUAGCUUAUAUAAUUAACAAAUAGACCAAAAGAGACAUUAACGUAGCGAGUUGUGAUUCAGUGUUACAUGGUCAUUAUCGUACAUUUAAUGGGGAAAGUGAAUCUUUUUGUGCCACGUGUCAUUCUCACUAUAAAAAGAAAGAAAAAAAAUAUUAUUUAAUUAACUAAUUCGUUUAUUUAUAUAUUUUUUUUCAUUUAAAAAAAUAAAUAAAUAAAAAUGCGGCUGUGUGUGACGUGAGCUUGGGGGUUGGGGUAAGCAUCCCAGAUCUUGCAGCCAAAAGAAGCUUCGCCUAAUACACCACACCAGAGAGAGAGAGAGAGAGUCAGUCUCAGUCUUCUUCUUCUCUCAUUCGAUAUUUCGAUUUCGUUUUCUCUAAAAUUUUUCACUAUUGCCAAAGAAAAUUAAGAUAAAGAGAUGAAUUGGGUGAAAAAAGUUGAAGAAGAAAAGAAGAAAAUAAGAGAAACCCAGAAAAAUUCACUAUGAAAUUUCGUCGUUGUUGUUGUAGUUUCUUCUUUUCUAUUCUUCCGUUUCUUUUAACCUUUCCCCACGUUGAUUCUUCUUCUUCUUCUUCUUCGAAAAGGAUCGUCAUUGAUCGUGAUUCUAGUUAUUUUGUUGAUAAAUCUAAUAGAAGGAUUCUGCAUCAGCCAUUGUUUCCGGCGAGUUCAGCUCCACCGCCUGGAACCGACGACACUGCCACUCCUCCACCACCUCCACCUUCUCCGGACGCUUCUACAUUACCGACCCCUGAUCAACCAUUCUUUCAUGAGCUGCCCAAUAACGGGGCAACCCCAGAUCAAAGUCAACCGCCUCCUACUUCUUUAUCUUCCAAUGGCUCCGUUCCAAUCCCGACGGCGACUCAACCACCUAAGCCGAUUAAGAAGGUCGCCAUUGCAAUCUCUGUUGGAAUUGUGACUCUGGGUAUGCUCUCUGCGCUGGCUUUCUUCCUCUACCGUCACCGAGUGAAACACCCAUCAGAGACCCAGAAGCUCGUCGGAGGAGGCACUGGUGGACCGAAUUCUCAGACCUUUAUUGAAGAUUCUAGAGUUCCACCAUCGAGCUUUCUAUAUAUCGGAACGGUCGAACCGAAUCGGGCUUCGUUAAGUGAAGCCAAUGGUGGUGGAGGAACAAACAGAGAAGCCCCGAACAAAUCGCCCUAUAGGAAGCUGAAUUCGAUAAAGAGAUCGGAUCGGUAUCGUCCGAGUCCCGAAUUGCAGCCGUUGCCACCGCUAGCGAAGCCAUCGAACAUGAAUUCGCCGUCGGCAAUGUCUUCUUCCGACGAGGAAGAGAGCCGGGACACGGCAUUUCACUCGCCGCAGUGCUCUUCCGCUAGUUACGAAGACAGUUAUUACUACACACCAGUUUCUCGUCAAAGUGCUAAUAGUACUAAUUCAACGGCGGCAAAAAGUUCAGCUCCUAAUUCAAUCCCUCACUCCAAAAGAACUUCUCCCAAAUCACGGUUUUCCAAUUCCAAACAUGGUCCUCCUCCGCCACCACCACCACCGCCAGAACUUUCUAACGAAGGCGAACAAAGAAAUUCAUAUCUAAAAAAGCCCAAGUUCUCAGCUCCGCCACAGCUACCGAAUUUCCCGCGUCUUCAAUCAACAACCAACCAACCAAUACACGUGUUAAGAACAGCCGUUCCACCACCCCCACCGCCACCGCCACCUCCUCCGCCCCCUCCUCCUUCGCUGCCGACGCAAUCAACAUCGAGGAGAUUCGGAGAUUCGGAAAGGGUCGAGCCCGAAAAGACAACCCAAGUUCCAUCGAAGCCUCCAAUAUGGUCUUCAGUACCAAAAAUGGCAACAGAGAACGGUACUGUAAAAACAGAGGAACCGGUUUACAAGGAAAACGGCGGUGCUUCUGAGGUUUUUGAUGCGGAAGAGUCAGGAGGGGCAAAACCCAAGUUGAAGCCACUCCAUUGGGACAAAGUCAGGGCGACUUCUGACCGAGCCACUGUCUGGGACCAGCUGAAAGCUAGUUCUUUCCAAUUAAAUGAGGACAUGAUGGAGUCUUUGUUUGGUUGCAAUACUACGAAUUCAGCUCCCAGAGAGGCUGUUAGUACCAGAAGAUCGGUUCUUCCCCCUGUUGAGCAAGAAAACAGGGUUUUAGACCCAAAAAAGUCACAAAACAUUGCCAUUCUAUUAAGAGCUCUGAAUGUAACAAGAGAUGAAGUCUCUGAAGCUCUUUGGGAUGGUAAUCCAGAAGGUUUAGGUCCCGAGCUUUUGGAAACUCUGGUAAAGAUGGCUCCAACAAAGGAAGAAGAAAUUAAGCUUCGAGAUUAUCAAGGUGAUAUGUCAAAAUUAGGGUCUGCAGAGCGCUUUCUCAAGGCAGUGCUUGAUGUACCAUUUGCCUUUAAACGAGUUGAAGCAAUGCUAUACAGAGCAAAUUUUGACUCCGAAGUAAAUUACUUGAGGAAGUCUUUUCAAACCCUUGAGGAAGCAAGUGAAGAAUUAAAGAAUAGCCGAUUAUUUUUUAAACUUCUUGAAGCUGUUCUCAGGACAGGAAACCGAAUGAAUGUUGGCACCAAUAGAGGUGAUGCUAAAUCGUUUAAGCUUGAUACACUCCUAAAACUAGUAGACAUAAAGGGAACCGAUGGAAAGACCACAUUGCUACAUUUUGUGGUCCAAGAGAUUAUUAGAUCAGAAGGUGCCGGUGGUGACUCCACAAAUGGGAAUGUUCAGAACCAAAUGAAGGAUGAAGAGUUCAGGAAACAAGGAUUGCAGGUUGUGUCUGGUUUGAGUAGGGACCUUAAUAAUGUGAAAAAAGCUGCAGGAAUGGACUCCGAUGUCCUUAGCAGCUAUGUGACAAAGCUAGAAAUGGGGCUCGAGAAAGUCAAACUGGUUUUGCAGUAUGAGAGGCCAGAAAUCCAAGGGAAAUUCUUUAGCUCAAUGAAGCUGUUUCUAAAAGAGGCUGAAGAAGAAAUUUGUAAGAUAAAGGCUGAUGAAAGAAAUGCUUUGUUCCUUGUAAAAGAAGUCACGGAGUAUUUUCAUGGUGAUGUGGCCAAGGAGGGAGCCCAUCCUUUUAGAAUCUUCAUGAUUGUUAGAGAUUUUCUAGCCAUACUGGAUCAGGUGUGCAAGGAAGUGGGGAGAAUGCAGGACAGAACAGUAGUUGGUUCAGCUAGAUCAUUUCGGAUAUCAUCAACGGCUUCAUUACCCGUACUCAACCGCUAUAAUGUGAGACACGAUACCAGUUCAGAUGAUGAAAGCUUGUCACCUUAAAUAUGUGAAUAUAAACCUCAUGAAACCUCUUAGGAGGAAGAUUAGAGUACUUUUCCCUUGUUAUUGCUCCAUCCAUAUUCAACUAAAGAAUCAGAAAGCAAUUUUGAAGGGUCUCUCCCAUCAUCAACAAAUUCCCACUCCUUGCUAAGAGGGUACCCAUCAGUUUACUAGAUAAGGCUCCUGAGAAGAGAGAAACGUUUUGUAUGGAAAAAAAAAACAACUCAAAUAACAGAGAUGAGCAGCCAUCUUGAAGGAAAAGGCAUUGGAGGACAAGAAUUUACAAUCAACAAAUGAAGUGCAUAGAUAAAAUGAAGCAUUGUUUCCUCACUCAUAUAUAAUUAUAUAUAUUUUUUAUCCAAUCCUACACAUAUUCAAUAGCAACAAUAGAUUUUUUUUAUCAUUUAGAUCAGAUUCCCACACAUAACAGAACGUUUUGAUUUCAGCCACGAUUCCAUGCUCCCCAUUUGUUUGAUUAUUCAUUAUUUUUAGAAAUAAGGAGCUUUAUAUUUUAAACUUU